AUGUUAUAUGCUUGCCCUAGAAAAAAAGGGGAUAACCCUGAUUCACAAAUAAUUAAUAAUACCAAUGAUCAUAUUUAUAAUAGUAAGAAAUGCACAUUAUUAUAUAAUAAUAUAAAUAGUGAUUUGAAGAAAAUAAAACAAGAAAAAAAGAUUUUGUUGAUAGAUGGUAAAGAAUUCUUUAAAAAAACACAUAAUGGAAGUUAUAAUAAUGUAAAUAAAAAUAUAAUAGAAAAUAAUUGUAACAUUAAUAGAACAGAACUUAAGACAAAACAUUGUGAUAUAGUAGACAAUUGUAAUAUUUUAAAAACAGAUGAAGAAAAUACCGAACUAGAUGGGCAUACAAAUAUAGAAGAAAAAAUUAUUAUUUCAAAAAGUGAUAUAAAUAGUUCUACACCUAUCUCAUAUUAUGCUAGAGACAUAAAAAUAAAUAAACAUUUUAACAAUAUUCCAUUUACUGAAGAAUAUGAUAAAUCUUCCAAAAUAGAUGAAAAUAAUUAUAGUUGUGAUUCUGCAAAUGACAUAUUUUUAAAUGUUAAAAAUAAAUUGAUUCAAUCAAUUAAAGGUGAAGAAAAUGAUAUGAUUAUUCAUGAGGAUAAAACUAACGAAGCUGAUAGUGCAAUCACUGAAUGGAGAAUUGAAAAAGAAGAAAAAAAUGAAUACGGAGAAAAUUAUAUCAAUAAAAAAAAUGAGAUGCAAAUACAAAAGCAUUUAAAUAAUUCUUUAAAUUCAUAUAGUAAUGUAUGCAGCAAAAAAUGUGAAAUAAAAUCAACAGAUUUAAAAGAUGUAGUUGUGGCAAUUUUAAAUCCUUCUGAAAAUUGUGACAAAAAAUAUAAUAUAAUUUUUUCAAAUGAACUAAAAAAUAUAUAUAAAGGGACAAAAUUUAGUAUGUCAAAUAAAAGGCGAAGUUUUAACAAAUUAAAGAGUAUUAACCGCGGUAAAUUUUUUAAAAAUAUUAUAAAUAUAAACAAAUCAAAACAUCUAAAAAAAAAUAAAAAUAACAAUAGUAACAUUAACAAUGGUAGCAUUAACAACGGUAAUAUGAAGAAAAAGAAAAAAAAAAAUACAAUUUAUAGAAAUACUUUUAAUAUCUCAAAUUUGUUGAAAGAAAUAAUUAUAUUAAGUAGUCCUUUUCAAAAUUAUUCAGAUGAAGAUAAUGUUAUUAUAAAAAAUGAUAUAAAUAGUUUAGACAAUAAAAUUAUGAACAACGUAAAUGUAAUAGAACAAUGCGAUAAUUUGGAUGAAAUUAUAAAGGAAGACGGGUUAAAAAUAAGUGAUAAUAAUUUAUAUAUGCUGAGAAAAAAUAUAGAUAAUGAGAAAGAUGAAUUAAAAGACAAAGUAUAUAAAACAUCGUUAUCAUUGGUUAGACAUAAUAGUAAAGAUGAAGAUAACACCAAGUUUUUAGUGGCACAAAAAAAAAAAAAUUAUCAAAGCAAUCAAUAUAUAAAUACAUUAAAAGGAGAACAAAUAGAAAAUAAACCAGAACCAAUAAGUGAGUAUUCAUCUCAAAGUAUAAAAUUUGUUGAAAUAAAAAAUGAGAGUAUUACUUGUGAUGAUAUUGUUUAUGAAAAAUAUAUUAAAGACGAAAUUGUUAACAAUAUUAUUUCUAAAAAAGAAAAAGACGAAGAAAUAAAAAAAAAUAUGAACAAAGAUUCCAAAUACAAUUCCGAGUCGAUUUGUGUUAAUUUAAAAAACAAUGGUAAUCGUUUAAAUGAAAAACCAAAUAAUAUAGAAACAGAUUUAAGAGUAAUUAAAAAGGUAAUUCCGAUUACCCCAAGUUGUGAGUUAAAAAAAGUAAUGAGUUUUGAAAAAAAAAAAAAUAUACCAUUGCCUAUAAAAAGUAAUGAAGAAAAAUUGUCAGGAAAAUAUAUACGUAAUAAUGACAAUCACAAAUUUGGGUUUUACAAAAGUGGAAAUAUUAAUAUAAAAUUAAGAGGAGCACAUAUAAAUACAGAAAAAAAAAAAAUUGCUAUUAUUUCAGAUGCUCUAAAAAUGAUAGAUAAUAAUACUAUAGAAAGUGAUAGCUAUAUGGAUAGUGUACAUAAAAUGAAAAAUAAAGAAAGAGAAGAAAAAGAUAGACGAAGAAAAAAUGAAAGACAGUUUAUUAAAGGCAGUAAAGUAAGCAGUGAAAAAACUACAAAAAAUAGCAUAAAUGCUUGUCGAAAGAAUGUUAAAAAUAGUACUAUUACUAAUAUCCCAAAUAAUAAGGUUGUUAAAAUAAAUUAUUUUCAUUCUAUAAAUAGACAAAAUAAUAUACCAAUUUAUAUUGAGAGGGAAAAAAAUAAUUCACAUCAAUAUUCAAAAUUGUUAAAAGAAGAAAAGAAAAAUAUAUUAUUUAACAAAGGGACUUUGGUUAUAAACAGACUUAAUCAAAUAGGAAACGAAUUAAACAAAUUUAAUUAUGCUAGCAAUGAAGAUGUAAAAGAAAAUGAAAAAAUAAACAAGAGCCCCAAAGAACUUAAUAAAUCGAACGAUUCAGUGUGCCAUAGUUCAAGUUCUUAUGAAUCCCAAAUAUAUUAUCCCAACAUUUCAAACAUGAAGAAAGAUAAUAAUGACAUUAAAAAAUAUAACCCAAUACAGACACAAAAAAUAGAAUCAAAUAAAAAAAAUAUAUCUACUGGAUGCUUUGAAAUAAAAAAUAGCAUAGCUUCGAAUUUGAAAAAAAAUGCAUGUAUUAGUAUGACAGAGGUAUUGAAGAAUGAAACUGAAGAAAAUAUAAAAAAGCGAAUUUCUACUAAACUGAAAAAAAUAUCAUACAGUGAAAAAUUAAAUGAAAGUAAAUAUGGAACUAAUAAGACUGAAAGAAAAAAAAAUAUAAAUAACAAUACGAUAAAUAAUAAAUUAGAUGUAAAUAAAAAUAAAAAAAAAGAAAGAUAUCCUUUAGAUGUUGUAGUAUCAUAUAAAUGUAAAAAUAUUUAUGUUAAAAUUAAUAUCGAUACAAAUAGCGAAGAAUUGUUAAAAUAUACAUACCAAAAAAUAUCAAAGAGAAAUAUACAUUAUAAAUUAACAACAACUAAAAUUAUUGAUGGAAUUAUUAAAUCAACAGAGCAAAAGAUUUAUAAAUCUUCAAAUAUGAUUUUACUAAAUGCAGAAACAAAUGUGUUUUAUAAUAUGACGAUACAUGCAUUUUCUACAGUUUCACCUACUAUAUUGUUAUAUGCAUCCGCUUCCUUUUUUCUAAGUAAGUUUAAUAUUGAAAAUUUUAAGUUAAAAACAUCGUCUUCUGUAUCCUUUGCAAAAGAUGAUCAACCAAUAAACUCUAUUUUGAACAACACCAUAAAGACAAAAUAUGUUGUAAAGGGAAAAGAAAUACACUCUUCGAAAAGCGGGAUACAUUAUAGCAUAAAAAGCGGAAUAGAAUGCAACAAAAAGAGGGAUACAAAUUGUGAUGAAAAAAAAAACUAUAUUUUAGAAGAUAAUUAUGAUAAAAAGGAAAUGCUUUCUAACGACAUUUUUCAUAGUUCUGUAGAAUCAGAUACAUUUGAAGAAAAUGAUAUUAAUUUAAAAAAUAUAAAUAUUUCUAAUACAUCAGAGAAACAUAGUGGAUCUAUUGAGAAAAACAAAACAGAAGAUGAUGUCGAUAGUUCAAUUAUGCAAAACAAAAAAUGCAAUAUAAUAAAUAAUGACGAUUAUUUAAAUAAUUCUACAUAUGAAAAACUUUUAUUUGAUUUUAAAAACAUUAAUAAAAGACAAGCCCAAAAUAAUUUAGAAGACUUUAAAUAUGGAAAUGAUGCAAAUACCAAUUCUAAAACAAACAACAUCUCUAGUAAUUUCUGCCCAACUAAAAUAUCCAAAGCUCCUUGCAAUGAAAACAUUAAAAAUCUUUCUAUUUUGGAGGAUAUGCUUUAUGAAGAAUAUAACGCAGAAAGAUUAGACAAAAAAAAUGGAGAAAAUGUUGUAAAAAAAACAAUAGAAGAAAGAAAAAAGAACACAAAAUGUAUCGCUGAAAGUGUUAAAGAAAAAAUUGGAAUCUUAAAAAAAACGAUUUUAAAUAAUUCCUCCAUAAAAAAUAAUCAAACUGAGCAAAUAAAAACCCAAAAUAAUAAUAUAAAUAACAACAUAAAUAAAAACGUAAAUAACAACGUAAAUAACAACAUAAAUAACAACAUAAAUAAAAAUGUAAACAACAAUAUAAAUAACUAUUAUGCAGAUAAUAGCUUAUCAAAAUAUAUGCUAGAAAAGGGAAUUGACAUAUCCGGAUUAGACAAACAUGCCCAAAAUAAUAUCCUCAAAAAUAAUUUGAAAUCGAGCAAUGAAGGCACGAUAUCUGAAGAGAAAAUUUAUAAAAAUUGCAUAAAUGAUAUUAAAAAUAUAGAAACAAAAAAUUAUGAGCAAUUUAUUGUAAAUGAUAAUAAUAGUAACUAUAAAAAUGAUAGCAAUAUAGAUUUGGCUUGCAACAAUCUUGAAAAUUGUUUAGAAAAUGAAUAUAUUAAAAAUAAUUAUAAUAUAAAUGAAACAAAUAAACUGUUGGUCGAUAAGCAGUGCAGUUUAAAAAUAAUAAAAAUUGAAGAAGACACAAAUAUAAUACCACAAAAUAAAACCGCUACAUUAGCUGAUAUUGUAAAGAUCCAAUAUGAAAAUGCAAAUAAAUACAGCAAUGAUAACAUAAUUUUUUAUGAAGAUAUAUAUUCAUCUAAGAAUCAAAUAGGAAACAAUGAAAACAUACAUGCCAGCGAAGAAGACGAAAUUUUAAAAAAAAACAAAUAUAACGAUGAGUAUUUUUUAGGAAAUGAUUUUACUAAAAUCGCUCAUCCAGAACAAGAUUGGAUAAAUAUUUCGCCCAUAAAAAAUAAAUAUUUUUUAGACAAGUUACAAGAAAGAAAGAUUACAUCAUAUUUUCCAUCAAUUGACGAUAGCCCUAUUACAUCUAAUAAUGUCGCUGGAGAAUUUUCUCAAAACACAAAUGAUCAUAAAAAUGAAAAUAUACCACUAUUAAAUCCAUCGAGUUACGAAAAAGAAGAAAUCGACGAUUGUUACACCCGUUUGGAUAGCCAAUGCAGUGCAAAUAGAGAAUACGAUGAAGAAAGUGAAGAAAAUAAAACCAAAAUAAGCGAGAACAAUGAAAAUAUUUAUACGGAUGAGUCCAGUUUUGAAGUAAAUUCCACAUCUAAAAAUGGAAUAAAUAAUACAAUCAAAAAUUAUUUAAUUAAUAAUAAUAUGUAUAAUAAUAGUAAUGCAACCAAAUAUCAAAAUAACAGAGAAAAAUUUGAGAAUAAAAAUAAUAAAACGAAACAAGACAGUGGUGAAGAUAAUAUCAUUUCUUUUAUAAAUGAAAAAAAAAAUGUUAUAAAUGAAAUAGAUAAUACAUAUAUAAGAACACCUUUAGACAUGCCAUUAAAUAAAUAUGGUCAAUGUGGACAAAUAAACCCCCUUUUUUCAAGUACAAUCCAAAACUUGAGAGCAAAUGGUGGAACAAUGACCCCACCAAUUAAUAGGUUAAAUAAAAAUUUAAUAAAUUAUAAAAACAUAGAUCAAGAAAAUGUUACGGAAAAUAGUACGAGAAGAGAAAUAAAGGAAAAAAAAUCAACUAAUGACAUUAAUAGUAGCAACAACACAUAUACUUCAUACUUUAGAAAAGUAUGCGAUAGAUUGAAUUUAACAGGUAAAAUUGAUAUAUUGAGUAAAACCAAUUCAGCUAUAAAUUUUUUCAACAAAACAUUUAUGAACAAGCAAAGUACACCAACUGAAAAAUCAGAUAAAGAUAAAACUAAUCAAGUAAAUGGAAAAAUAAGAGAGAAAAUAUAUAAUUCAGAUGAUUUAUUAUAUAAAAAAAAUAAUUGUAGCAAAAUGGGAUCUAUGGGUAAUGAAUAUUCUGAAUAUAAUAGUGCUUACAAAUUAUAUGAUGUUAAUAAUAACAACAAAAAACAUAUAAAUAUACAACCUGAUAAAAUUACACAAAAUAUGGUAAAUCAUAACGAUUUAACAAAUUUUAAACAAAUGAAAACCGAAAAAAGGUUACCAUAUAUGUAUAUAAAUGUAGACAGAAAUAUGAUGAAGAUACAUAAUGAUAACUUAAAUAUGAAUGAAUAUAAUAAUAAUGUGAAAGAUAAAUCAAGAAAUAUUAAUAACUAUGUUAAGGAGAAUAUUACUAAUAAUAACUAUAAAAAUUAUGAACAAGAAAUAAAAUACAUGAAGAAUCCCAAUGUGUUCAUCAAUUCUCAAAUUCCAACUAAUAGGCAAAUUAAAAAUAAUAUGGGAGCAAAACUUGUGCCAAAAUAUUGGAUUAAUAAUAAAGCACCAUUUAAAUGCACUAAUGUAAACAAAAAGAUUAUUAUAAAUCCUGAGGUAAAUAAUAGUUCUAGAUUUAUGAAUCAUAACAAUUUAAUAAAUAUCCAAAAUGGUAUUUAUAUGAACAAUGGAGAUAUGAGAAAUGGCAAUACUAUAUGUAGACCCCCAAAUUGUAUGAUCACUACAAAUACAACUAAUGAAUCCAAUAUUAAUAACAUGCAUAACAAGAAUUGUUAUUAUAGCAAAAGUGGGCCACAACUUACAUUUCCACAUCAACAAAAUAUUUCUAAUUAUGAAAAUGUAUACAAUUUAAAUUAUAACAAUAUAUAUAUGCAGAACCUCAAUGGAAAUGAUCGAAAUAAAAUCCCUUUUAACUUACAAGAUGAAGACAGUAUUAAAAGAUCUUAUAUGGGUCAAUAUUCGAUUAAAUAUAACCAAUCAGUUAAUAACAAGAAUAUUCAAAAUAAUUUUAUCGGAAAAACAAACUUAAAACCUAAUAUGUGUAAUGAAAUGCUAGAUAAUAAAAAACAAUAUAUGCAAAACUAUACUCAAAAUAAAAUCGAUUUGAAUAAAUUUGGAUAUUUUCCAUUACAUGAAAGAGGGAAAGAUAAAGGACAUAUGGUAAAUUCAUAUAUACCAUUUAAAGUUAACAAAGAAAUAAUUAAUUCUGGUAUUAAAAGACAAGUACACGAAAAAUUUAACAGUGAAGAACAAUUAGAAAAAAGCAUGAUUGAUAGAGAUGAUCAAAAUAAUAUUAAUAAAAAUGUACCUGUAUUGAGCCAGAAUAUAUUAAGGGAAUUUAACCCUGAUAUUAAAAAUAUUUUAAACUAUCCUAAUAUACAAUUUAAUGGGAACUUAGUUAACAAAAGUUCAGGAAACAUACAACAAAAAUAUGGAUAUGGGAAUAUUUUUGAUGGACUGCAAAAUAAUAGUCGUAGAUUUAUGGGCAAUUCAACAAAUAUGAAUAUUGAUAAGAAUAAUCGAAACAAUAAUAAUAAUAAUAAUAAUAAUAAUAAUAAUAAUAAUAAUAAUAAUAAUAAUAAUAAUAAUAAUAAAAAUGAAGAUUUAAAUAAUAUAUUAUAUAAAAGUAUUGAUAUUAAUGAAAAAAAAAAAAAUAUAUAUCAUCAUGCAAAUUUGUUUGAUUAUAAAACAACACCAGAUAAUAAUUUUGUUAGAAUAAAUUCUGAGAAUAUAGAUGAAAAAACUGAAAGGAAUUAUUCAUAUAUGAACUUAAACUCGGAUAACUAUGAAAGUAAAGUUUUUCCAGCAAAAAAUUCAUUAUUGCAACUUAAAAAAAAAAAAGAUGGUUUUGUAAAUAAUAUUGAAGGGAAUAUGAAUACAACUCCAGAUCGUUUUAGCUUUUUUAACCACAGCGAAAAAAAAGAAAAUAAUAAUGAUAUGAAAAAAUAUUUUAGCACAAAGAAAUUGAAUGAUGAAAUGUCUCCAUCUAAACCAAAAAAAGGUAUCAUAAAUUAUAAUAGUAAAGAAAAAAAAAAAGAUGAUAAUAAAAACAAUAGUUUUAAAAAGAGUUGUGUAAAAUUUAACGAUGUAAACGAACUUAGAGAAUACGAUAAAGAUGAUCAAAUAUGUUACAUACCUGAAAAUAAAUUAGGUUUUAAAGAUGUACAAAAAAUAAAAUCCAAAGAAGGGUAUAAACCUAUAAUAAAAAAUUACAACGUAAAUAUGAAUGAUCGUAAAAAAGAAACAACUUUAAACAAAGAAGUACAUACUGAUAAUAUAUUUUUAACUAAUGAUAAUAGUUUUAGCAAAGAUAGAAAAAUUUCCCCAUUUUUUGGUAAUAAAAAUAGUGUAGAUUUUUCAAAUGAUAAUAAUCUUCCCCCCCCAAAAAAUAAUUCCAUUGAACCAUUUAAGCUAAAUAUACAAUUCAAUGAUUAUGUUUGGGAACAUAUUGUCUUUACAAGAGAUGAUAUUAUAGAUGAUAAAAUAAACAGUUUUAUAAGUUUUCAUGGACUUAAAAAGUUGUUUUUAAAUCCAAUACGAGAAAAAAUUAAAUAUAUGUUGCAAAGUGAUGUGCUCAACUGGAACGUCAACAUCACCGAGAUGUUGUAG